UCCCCCGCAGCCCAACACCACCAGCACCUCUACAAUUACGUGUACUCUUCUUCCACCAAUGCGCCUCUCUCUUCCUGCAACUGCACCGCCAACCUUAACCAUAUAUUCUAAUCACAAACAACUUUCCCCUCCCCAAAACCAAUCCCCCAAUCUCGCCGGAAAACGCACUCCGCCUAACUAUGGGUCCGAUCGUGUUGACGCAAUUGGCCACUGGCCUCAGCUUUUUAGCCGGGGCGGUUAUUGUCAAGCAGGUCAUGGACCAGAAUCUCACCAUGGGCUCUGGCCGGGCUCCCAGAUGCCCUCGCUGUAACGGCACGGGUCGGGUCUCUUGUAUGUGCACUCGUUGGUCCGACGGGGAUUACGGCUGCCGGACCUGCUCCGGCUCCGGCCGGAUGGCCUGCAGUAGCUGCGGCGGGACCGGCACCGGCCGGCCCCUUCCGGUUCAGAUCUCCGUUCGCCCCCCGAACCAGACCUCGUGAACCUAUUCGGGUUUGUUCAAUUCCAUUCAAGUAUUUGUAAUAUUAUAUAUAUGUAUGUAUGUAUGUAUAUGUAUGAUGGAUUGGUUGCUGCUGCUCCUGCUGUUUGGUGUUGUUGGAGACGUCGGAGAUUUGAAUGGAUAUGGCGGAUUGGAUUUAGGGUGUAAUUGAUAAUUAUAGCUUUUAAUUUUUAUGAAAAAAAGUGAAAUUAUAGUUUUUUAAUUUUAUAGAUCUCUGUUUCAUUGCGUAAUUCCGUAAUGUUGGAUUUAUGGUUAAUGCUUUUUGUGUUUUAUGUAUUUUUUUAGUUAAUGAUGCAUUUGAAGUCGAAAUUGUUAAGUUUAAGCAGUAAAAAAUAGCUAAUUGAAAAGAGUGAUCAUCUUCCAUUGUACACGUAGUGGUUUGGUUUUGUUGAUUUAUGGUAAUGAUUGUGCCUUUCGAUUUUU